CUGUGAUCCAGGCGUCAGAGUUUCGCUGGAAUAUAAAUUUUAUUCCGCAAGCUUUCGCUGUGCGAUCGGAGGCAGCAGAGCAGGAGUCCCGCACAGCAACACCCCGAGGUUCUCAACCCGGCGCACACGCCGCUGCCGUGGGACGAGCGGAACGCGCUGCGCGGGGCCGCGUUGCUCGGGGAAGGCUGCGCGGAGGCACCGGCGGACGGGGCCGGGCGAGCCGCCAUGGCGGUGGACAUCACCUUGCUCUUCAAAGCCAGCGUUAAGACGGUGAAGACCCGCAACAAGGCGCUGGGGGUGGCGGCCGGCGACAGCGCCCGUGAUGAGCUGCUCAAGCGCAGCGCUGCCCGCUCGAGGAGCGACUUCACCGGUCGCGCACGGGAGGUGAUUUCCAAUAUUGGGAAGCUGAAAGAUUUUCUUCUUCAACACAGAAAGGAUUACAUUAAUGCAUACAGCCAUAUUAUGUCUGAAUAUGGGAGGAUGACAGAUACAGAGCGUGAUCAGAUAGAUCAAGAUGCUCAGAUAUUUAUGAGGACGUGUGCAGAUGCCAUUCAUCAGCUGAGAACAGAAGCACACAAGGAUGUCCAGUCUGCUCAGGUGAAGGAGCACAGAACAGCUGUCUUAGACUUCAUUGAAGAUUACUUAAAAAGAGUGUGUAAGCUGUAUUCCGAACAAAGAGCCAUCCGAGUUAAGCGAGUGAUAGAUAAGAAGAGACUGUCCAGACUUGAACCUGAGAAGAGCAAUGUGUCCAAAUCAUCUCUUUCUCCUGAAAAAAUUUCACAGAAUUCUUUAGAUGAGACUGAAGAAAAACUUUCUGCAGAGGAAAGUAAAGACAGGAAUCUGCCUGACGCUCAGUCUAACCUUGGGUUAUGGGGGGAUGGUAAAGGUGAAGAUGAGCUGUCACCUGAAGAAAUACAAAUGUUUGAGCAGGAGAACCAGAGGCUGGUUGGUGAAAUGAAUAAUCUGUUUGAUGAAGUCAGACAAAUUGAAGGAAAAGUGGUGGAAAUUUCCAGAUUACAAGAGAUAUUCACUGAGAAAGUCUUGCAACAGGAAACUGACAUUGACAAUAUCCAUCAAUUAGUUGUGGGCGCGACAGAGAAUAUCAAGGAAGGCAAUGAAGACAUAAGAGAGGCAAUCAAAAACAACGCUGGAUUUAGAGUAUGGAUCCUUUUUUUCCUGGUGAUGUGUUCAUUUUCCUUGCUUUUCCUGGACUGGUAUGAUAAUUAAUUAAAAAUACCACGUUUCCUACAUGCUGGGUAAAAUCUUACGGCUUUUUUUUCUUCUUUUCAAUGGGGUAUCUGGCAUACCUGUAGAUUUCAUGCAUUUGUUUCAUACUGCUAUGAUGGAAAUAUUUUCCAACAGCUAAGCACAUCCAUAUGGCCCUUAAGGCAGAGAGAGAUGGUAGCAUUCAUUUUAAAUCCCUUUAUCAGAUCGGAAACCACACUUAAUCCUGCACACUUAAACCUCUGAAAGAGCUCCUAAGAAAGCUGCAAGCUGGAGCGCAGCUGGAGGGAAAAUUUAGAAAGAAGUUUUACCAUUGUCAGUCAGCCACGGCUCUGAUGCUUAAAGACCAGCUCCCAGUGCGCAGAACAGAUGAAGAGAGAAUUGUUGCUGUGCAAAAGCAUCUACACUGUCUCAGGCUUUUAUUUAAUCAUACCACUUCAGUACACAGUGAUCAUUUUGCAGAUGUAUUAUGACCUCUACUUCUAAUCCUUGAAAACUAUUUCAUCAGCGGUCAUCUUCAUUUAGUAAUAAUUUAAGAAGUCAGCUACAGAGCUUUACUUUGGGGUGCGAAGAGAUAAUGCAACGCAGCCAACGAGACUGCAGAAACAGAUGGUCUGAGGGGUCAGAACAAAGCCAAAGGACAGACGCUAUUAAAGCCAAACCAUUCAAAGUACUAAAAUCGGGAGCAAUUUGUUAACUAAAGAAAGUCCUCAAACCAACUGUAGAUAAGAAUCAGUAAACUUUGUCCUCAGAUCAGAGGAUCUUUGUCCUCAAAUCAGAAGAAAAGCUCCUUUGGCUCUUGAAUGCAGAACAGCCGGUGUCUCCUAGAUCACACAGCUCCAUGUUUGUUGUCAUGAGAGAAGAAUGGUUUCUCAUCAGUAUUUACUUGUGCAUUAAAGCUGUUCUCAGUGUGCUAAAUUUAAAGGGAGGAGGAUGUAUUGUGGAUCAUUUCUACGUAGCACAGUCCUGGGGAAGAGAAUUGUCCAUCUCUUAACAUCUGAAUGGCCUCUGUAACUACUGUGAUCAAGAAAUGUUUUGUUACCUCUCUUCUGACAUGUGUAUGCCUGUAAGUUAUAUGCAACAAGAAAAUCAUUCUUUACAGAGUGAAAAUGUCAAAAGUUACAUUCACUGAAGCAUAAGCCUGCCAGAAAAUGCAAACAUGGUAAUUUGAAAAUCUGAACACAAGUCUGUAGUUUUAAAAUGCAAAGUAAAAUUUGGCAUAUAACUUACUGCUUUUUAUGCAUUCCACCUACAGUGACUUACAAAACCUUUUAUGGGUAUUACUGUGUAAUGCACACUUCAGAUCAAACCUGGAGAAUUAAGUAACAAUGGUUAUUUUUGCUGUACUGCUGAAAGAAAGGCUGUUGAUAAUGCGAUUCUACUGGAGAAAAAUAAAAGUGCAGCUGACAACGUUUGUUCCACUACA